CGCGUAGCGCGUACAUGUGAUGAUGCGCAGAGCGCUCUGCACAUAUACGCGUGAUUUGAGGUGAUUUGAAGACAAAAGACGCACGAAAACUUCUUGACGAAUCCAGCGAACAAUAAAGACAAAAUUAGAUAUAAAUAUAUUGUUUUAAUUAACAUCUAUAUUUAUAUAAUAAAGAGUUUAGCAUUGCAAAAGGAAGUACUAAGAGAAAUGGAUUCCCAAAAAUGGACUCCCGAUCCCGACAUCGAGAAAUUAAAAAAAGGCAUACAACACUGUUUCCAGAGACUUAGGCCCACCGCUCCUUACAAAACUGGAUGGAGUGAUACUCUACUUCAUAAAUUAAGAGAACCUUUGCAGUUUGACAAAAAUAUCACAAUUAGAGAAAUGCAACGCAAAGUGUUUAGAAGAUUUUAUGAAUUAUAUUUUCAAGGCAUAGUUUCUAAGGAAGAUGCUGCCUUUUCUAUAGUUGCAGAUGCAAUAGCCCUCGCUCAAACAGUUAAUGGGAAUCUCUGGAAACCUACUCAAUUUGGAGAAAAACCUUUUUAUCCUAUAAAUCGAAGCAAAGAAGAAUACCUUUCCGAAAAUGUGACUGGAACUCUUGCAAUCUUAGUUUCUGAUAUGACCCUAGCAGAACAGGAGACUGCAUUAACGACUUUUUUGUGAGAAAAAUCGAAAUGAAUUUUAUUCCAAAAUCUCAUCAAUGAUAAGAAAUUUUUCUAAAACUAAAGAAGAAAUUCAAUUGAAGAGAUUGACAGGAUUUUUAGCUUUGACUCUAAUGAGGGCCUCUACCAAAAAUGCUAACCAAUUGAGAAAUGCAUUCUUGAAAACGCAAUACAGAACAAAUUUAAAUGUCUUAGCUGGUUGGUCGAAUGAAUUCCCUUUCUUUCCUCCAUGCAAUGCUUGUAUCAAUAUUUGUAUUGAAUACCUUACAUCAGGUCUUUCCACUACCUCCUCUAUGUUCACUCUCCUUGCUUAUGAAUAUGUUUUAUCUAGACAACCAGAGUAUCAAGACCCAGCAGUGUCUAGAUAUCUUGACGCAGCAGUUCUUACACAUACAGCUAAAUAUGGAUUAGGAAUGAUUGAACUAGUAGAACAAGCUGUAGCUAUAACUGGACUCGAAUUGAUAGAAUUACGUAAAAAAGCUCUUCUCAUGGUGCGUAAUACAGAGUGUUAUUGGAAUUUAAUUGAGGAUUUCUUCAGAACAUACCAAGAUAAAGAAAGACCUCAAUAUGGCUUCAAUUGGGCUCGAAUCAUAAAUGUUGGAUAUCUCAGAUAUUACUCUCCAAAAGACAUGUUACCUUUGGCAGGUAUUUUUGCUGAAAUCAUUGAACAACAACAAGGACCAGGUAUUUGGGAUGCAAAAUGGGCCAAAGAGUAUGUAGGGUUCAUAAAUCUUAAUCAAAUGAGAAUUUAUGGAAAACAUAUGUUCGAAAUGACCAGAAAAAGACAGGAAGUAGAAAAAGUACAUGAUGAAAAUUGAAAAGAUUUAGACAGUAUAAUAGAUUAGAUAUUUAAACAACACAAUACAAAUUUUCAAUUUUUCCAGAUUUCCAAUAAAAAAAAAAAUAUACACAUAUUAUACACAUAUGCUUAAUACAUACAUCCACAUUAUAUCUCUAAAUUUAGAAAGAAAGUAAACAAAAUAUCUUUUUAUUUUCAUAAGUAGGUUUAUUAUUAUUUAUAUUAUAUAGAAUCUUCUCAUAUAAAAAUAAUAAUUUUUUUUAAUAAGAUAAGUAGAUCAUAAUGUGUAUAAGGUAACAAAAGAUAGGAAUAUAUGCAUAAAUGUUAAAUAAUCACAUUUGCUUUCAUACUUAACACAAUACACAGGGAAUUAUUUUACAUUGUAUGCUAUUUGUAUGCAUAUUAAAUUAUACAUACAGAAACAGAAAUAUCUUAAUACACGAUGAAUUUGGGCAUAUCCUGAAACAUAUAUGAAAAUGCACCAAUAUGUGCAUAAAUUUGUAUUAAGACAUUCCUGUUUCCUCGCGCGCAUGCGUACAUAUAUAAAAAUUAUAACUAUAUUAUUAUAAAUUAUAAUAACCAACUAUGUAUUCAAGUACAAAUAUAAAACUAAAUAUAAA